GCUUAACCGCGGUCGCCGGCUGACGCUCCCGUUGUAUGAGGAUUGUAUGUGCACGAUAUCUGAACAUUUUUAACUGUCAGUGAUAAGUGAAAAUUAUGUGAGCCGUUGUUAUAGAAAGCAACAAUGGACUGGGGCCCGGCCGCGAUUUCACCGGCGCCGACACCCCUCGGAUGACACGAUGACAUGACCGAGAGCCCCCGAGAAUGGCGAACGCGACGGACGCGCUGUGCGUGCCCGGCGCCAGCGACUUCAACCGCGCCUACAGCCGCCUGCACGGCUACAUCGCCAUCGUGAUCUGCAUCAUCGGCUCCACCACCAACACCAUCAACAUCACCGUCCUCAGCCGCCGCGAGAUGAUCAGCACCACCAACUCCAUCCUCACCGGCCUCGCCGUCGCCGACCUACUCGUCAUGCUCGAGUACAUCCCCUACGCGCUGCACAUGAACAUCAAGAUCGGCCCGCAGGUCAACAAGAACACGUACACGUGGGCCGUCUUCGUCUACUUCCACUCGAUCUUCAGCCAGACCUUCCACACGAUAUCGAUCUGGCUGGCGGUGACGCUGGCGGUGUGGCGGUACAUCGCGAUCGCGUACCCGCAGCGGAACCGGACGUGGUGCAGCAGGCGCAACACGACGGCAGCGAUAGUGGGCGCGUACGUGAUCUGCCCGGUGCUGUGCCUGCCCAUCUACUUCGCGAUGAACAUAGUGGAGAACGAGGUGACGCGAGAGAACAACACGGAGUUUGCGGAGGACCUGGCGUUGCCGCACAACCGGACCGUGUACGUGCUCGAGAUGUCCAAGAACAAGGAGCUAGUGACCGCGAUCAUGUGGAUUUACAGUGUCAUACUAAAGUUAGUGCCGAGUAUAGCGUUGUCGGUUCUGAGUACGUGCCUCAUAUCCAAGCUGUCCACCACCGAGAGGAAGAGGCAGCGCCUGCUAAAGCGGUCCACGCUGGAACGUCACGAGCCAGAGAAACAAACUCUAUCGGAGGAGGCGUCGGCGCGGCGGACGAGUCGGACAGACCGUACGACGCGAAUGCUGCUGGCGGUGCUAGGGCUGUUCCUGUCCACGGAGGUGCCGCAGGGACUGCUAGGGCUCGCGAGUGCGUUAGCGCCUGAAUUCUUCAAGAGCUGCUAUAGCAUGUUUGGUGACCUGAUGGACGUGCUGGCGCUGUUCACGUCGUCGGUGAACUUCGUGCUGUACUGCAGCAUGAGCCGGCAGUUCCGCUGCACCUUCGCCCGCCUCGCGCGCCGCCUCAUGUACCCGGCCGAGGAGCCCGUCAAGCUCGCCACCAAGCUCGAGCCCACCACACAGGUGACCGGCCCCCUAUAGCGGCAGGUUCCCGCCCUGGCCCGGGUGGGGGAGGAGAGCAUUAUAUAAAUUAGAUUCCCUCGUCUGUUAUCAGGAGCGAAGACAUCAAAUUUCUUUUUUAUAGUAAGGAUGCAUGUAUUGUAAUAAUAGUAUAAAUUAUAUACAACUGUACGUCUAGAUGUAUGUUAAAUUAUUAUAAUGUAAAUAUUGUAAAGCAGUAGUUUCGGCGUCUUUUGAGCCGAGACGCCGAAACUCGAAGGUUAGAGGGUAAUUAGAAAAGACUUUUAAUGUUAAUCCUAUACAUAUUUUACUUUUAGGGUCCAAAGAGUGAGUCAAAGAAAUGUAAAUAUAACCUGUAAAUAUUGUUCGUCGGUACCUGUAAAAAAUUUUAAUUCAAUAUAAUUUGCAUAAAAAUUGU